AUGCUCUGGGCCCUACCUCUUCUCGCGCUGGUCAGCGCCCAGACAAUUCCCUCCGUAUCACAAUGUCCGACCGGUUCCCAAGCGGUCUUCGUACUUCAACGCAAUGCCACCAUCGGUAAACAAAUUCGUGCCGUGCCCACUGCGGCUUUUGCCGAUUGCUCUGACCAUUGCGCAGCCUCAAAUGACUGUGUUGGAGUCGAGUUCUUACUUGGAAAUUGUAAAGUGUUUGGUCCCGGUAAGGAAGCACCAACACCGGGUUCCAAGGUGCUCAUGAAGAAUUGUGUCAAGAGUGAACGAGUCUGUUCAUCGCCAUUCCAUUUCGACUUGUUCGAGCAAAAGAUCCUCGUCGGCUUCGCUCGUGAGGUCGUGCCGGCUGAGAAUAUCCAGGUUUGCAUGAGCGCUUGUCUAAACUCUUUCGACACAUUCGGUUUCGAAUGCGAGUCGGCAAUGUUCUACCCAGUCGAUCAGGAAUGCAUUCUGAACACCGAAGAUCGCCUAGACAGGCCUGAUUUGUUUGCUGACGAAGCCGAAGACAAAGUCAUCUACUAG